AUGUCGCGCAAUUACAAGAAACUCAGUAGCAGGCCUACGCAACAGAAUCCGUUUGAGCCUGAGGAGACCAGCACGGCACUCGAAACCUAUCCGAUAUCGCUUGAGCCGAUAAAUAUACACGGGCAGGCGGAGUCUAAGGCACAGCAAUGGCAACACCAGGAGGACGUGUUUGCGGACCCGUCCGAUGAGCAGGACUCGCACGAGUCGGAGGAGACGGGCGGGCUGUAUUCGCACGUGGAUUUCGACGCAACCGUCCACAGCCGUCUAAAGGGCCGGCGACUCCUAUAUUUCACGUCGUUGUUUAGCUCCAUAGGAGUUUAUUUGUUCGGAUUCGAGCAAGGCGUCAUGUCGCUGAUUAUCACAGAAAAAUCGUUUUUGAGCUAUUUUGACAACCCAAGCAGUAUAGAGAUCGGGACCUUGAUAGCCCUGUUAGAGCUGAGUGCGCUUUUCUCUGCUCUGGUGGUGCCCAAGGUGUCGGACGCCAAGGGCCGCAAAUACACGAUUCUGACGGGCGCUCUGUUAUUUUGUAUCGGUGGCAUGUUCCAGACAUUUGCUCCCUUUGAACAGAUAUGGAUCAUGAUGAUCGGCAGGAUCAUCUCUGGUUCCGGAAUUGGGUUUCUGAGCUCCAUCAUCAACCUAUAUCAAUCAGAGUGUUCUCCAAACGACCAGCGUGGUAUGAUCGCGUCGAUGACGUUCAGCUGCAACAUCCUUGGGUUUGCGUCGUCUAUCUGGCUGGACUUCAUCUGCUCGUUUCUGUCCGGCACGUACGCGUGGAAAGUGCCGCUUCUGGUACAAGUCUUUUUGGGAGCCGUGCUAUUUUUCGGGGGCUUCUACAUAGUGGAGUCUCCCAGAUGGCUUUUAGCCAUUGACCGCGACAACGAGGGCUAUGGGAUCCUCAAGCUAUUCAACGACGACGAUCCAGACCCUGAGAAGGCGAAAAAAGAGUUCCUGGCCAUCAAGCACACCAUCGAGAGCGAGAAGAAACAGCUCGAGCGCGAGCAACGCAGCUGGCUCGGGACGAUCGUCAAAAACCGCAGAGUCAUCACCAUCGGCGCGUCGUCUCUGUUUUUCGCGCAAUUCAACGGCAUCAACCUGGUGAGUUACUACGCUCCGCUGAUAUUCGAGGAGGUGGGUUUCGAAGGAAAAUCUGCCUUUGUCAUCACCGGAAUAAAUGCCAUUAUUUAUCUCCUAUCUACACUUAUACCAUGGUUCCUCGUUGAUAACAUCCGGAUCGGGGGCCGCAGACGACUGCUCAUAGCCGGCGGACUGUUGAUGGGCAGUUCGCUGUUUGUCUCUGGGGUCAUGAGCGCUCUGAAUAACAAGUUCGGGUCAAUCAUGGUGGCCGUUCUCAUUGUGCUUUACAAUGCUGCUUUCGGAUUCUCCUGGGGCCCAUUGGCGUGGCUCUAUGCCAGUGAGAUAUACGCUGACUCCUAUACCCGUUCAGUCGGUGCAUCUUUGGGCACCUCCAUCAAUUGGUUCAGCAACUUUGUUGUUGGAGAGCUCAGUCCUGAACUUCUUGACCUCAUCAGUUGGAGGUUGUAUUUCAUAUACGGCGCCUUCUGUUUUGUCAGCUGUAUUGUUGUGUACAAGUUCUAUCCUGAAACAACGGGAGUCGAGCUUGAGGACAUGGACAAAUUGUUUGAGGAGUUCAAAAAAGAAUGA